CACCGCCACCUUUGCCCCCUGCGCGGGGAGGACGGUGCACAGUGCAGGCUACCCCACCAUCAGCUUCUUCCUCUGCACGGCCGGGGCUCUCCCCCCCGGUUUAUCUGCUGGGUGAGCGGGGCUCUCGCCCUCUCACCUUCCUCCCCACAACGGGGCAAUCCCCCCUCAGACAGGGCUGGAGUGUCUGGGGGCUCUUCCCCCUCUCCCUGCCUGAAGGGGCACUCCCCACGACCACCUCUCCCCCGGGAAGACGCUCCUCAUCGCCCAAGGGAAGGUGCCUUGCCCUCCUCCACGGCUCCCUGGCCAGGGGCCUCUGCCCCGGCCCCUUCUCCACCUCGGUGCCCUCGGCCAGGAGGCGCUUCGGCCAGGAGGCGCUUCCCUCCCUCUCCCCCGGGAGAAGGGCUCCGUCACCCGCACUCCGCUGCGAGGCAGGCCCCCUCUACUGCCAGAAGCCCCUGGAGAAGGGGGGCUCUUCCCCCCUCCCCCCGCCCAGGCGACUGCGGCUGGCACUGA